AUGGGCAGACGAAGAGAAGAUGAUCACUCACAUAGCAGACGUCGUCGUUCAAGGUCUCGUUCCCGCUCACGGUCUCCUGUCUUACCUAGGAGGGCAUUCUCAUCUACUUUAGAAGGGUCAUUGCCUUUGGCUGCUUCUCUACCAACGUCGACUCUGAUGGGCUCAUUACUAGCUGCACAAGCUAAAGCUGCAGAAGAAGCUGCAGCAAAGGCCAAAGUAGAGGCUCCCAAGCCAGCAGUUGGCAGCAUGACUGCCAUUGCUAAUGCAGCGGCUGAUAUGAUUAAAGCUGCUCGUAAUUCUGGACAGGGAAUUGCUGGCACGGAGGGUGCUCUGAUCAUCACUCCAAAUAUGGACAAAGAUAUUGAACAACGUCGUCUUGACUUGGAAAUGCAGAAGAGACGAGAACGCGUUGAACGAUGGAGAAGGGAGCGCAAGUUGAAGCAAGAUAUUCUUGCAGCUCAACAAAGGCUUGCUGAAAGCACUAGAGCCUCUACUGCUAACAAAUGGAACUUAGAGGAUGACGACGAUGAGGAGGACGCAAGCAAAAAGAACGCACGUGCAGAAAAGCCAGAAGACGAUGGCAUUGAUCCUUUGGAUGCGUACAUGAUGGAAUUAAAUAAUCAAGUUUACUCUGGUCUUGACACUACUAAGAAAGAUUCUCCUAAAAUGCCUGAAAUGCCAGUAAGUAACUCCGACACUUCCGAACCUACUUCGAAUCUUGUCAAACCAAAACGGCAGUUAGUAAUCAAACGAAAAAGAGUGAUCGGUCGGGGUGAAUUGAUGGAAAGUAAUAUAGAUGAAAUGGAAUAUUCUUCCGAAGAGGAAGACACUACAAUUCAGGAUGCAUUGGCUCAACUGCAGAAAAAAGACAAAUUACAACCUAUUGAUCAUUCAAAAAUCGAGUAUACUCCUUUUCGCAAAAAUUUCUAUGUGGAAGUUCCAGAAUUAGCGAAAAUGUCGAAAGAAGAUGUUAAAGAAUAUAGAGCUAGUCUGGAGAAUAUCCGUGUACGCGGUAGAGAAUGCCCUAAACCUCUUCGCAACUGGGUGCAAGCAGGCAUUAGUUCUCGUCUUUUGGCAUGUUUAAAAAGAAAUAACUUCGAAAAACCUACACCAAUUCAGUGUCAAGCUUUGCCCGUUAUAAUGUCUGGUCGUGAUAUGAUUGGCAUCGCCAAAACAGGGAGUGGAAAAACUCUAGCGUUCUUGGUGCCACUUAUGCGUCACUUGGAGCAUCAGACCCCACUUAACCCUGGAGAUGGUCCGAUCGCUCUUCUUCUAGCACCUACUCGGGAGUUGGCGCUACAGAUAUAUAAGGAAGCGAAAAAGCUAUGCCAAGCCGCUGAUGCUCGUGCAGUUUGUGUUUAUGGUGGAACUGGCAUUAGUGAGCAGAUUGCUGAACUCAAACGUGGUGCUGAGAUCAUUGUUUGUACUCCCGGUCGUAUGAUUGACAUGCUUGCUGCCAACGGAGGAAGAGUGACGAAUUUACGUCGAUGUUCCUAUGUUGUGCUGGAUGAAGCAGAUCGCAUGUUUGAUUUGGGAUUUGAGCCUCAAGUGAUGCGGAUCAUUGAGAAUUGUCGUCCUGAUCGUCAGACUUUAAUGUUUUCAGCUACAUUCCCUAGACAGAUGGAGAUUCUCGCUCGUAAAGUACUUACACUACCUAUAGAAAUACAGGUGGGAGGAAGAUCUGUUGUCUGUUCAGACGUUGAACAACACGCUUUCAUUUUAUCAGAAGAAGAAAAGGUGUAUAAAGUUCUUGAAUUGCUUGGCUUAUAUCAAGAAGAAGGUAGUGUUUUAAUUUUUGUGGAGAAACAAGAAAGUGCAGAUGAAUUAAUGCGCGUAUUAUUGAAGUAUGGAUACCCGUGUCUUUCUCUUCAUGGUGGCAUUGAUCAGUAUGAUCGUGACUCCGUUAUAACUGAUUUCAAACGUGGUGAUAUUCGUCUUCUAAUAGCUACUUCGGUUGCUGCCCGUGGUCUUGAUGUCACUGACUUACUGUUGGUCAUCAAUUAUGACUGUCCAAAUCACUAUGAGGACUAUGUUCAUCGUUGUGGACGUACUGGACGUGCAGGUCGCAAAGGUUUUGCGUACACAUUUCUUACUCCUGAUCAAGAACGCAAUGCUGGUGAUGUUGUUCGUGCAUUUAAACAAAGUGGCCAGAAACCUCCUGAAGCUUUAAUGAAUAUGUGGAAUGCUUACAAGAUUCGGAUGGAAAGUGAAGGCAAAAAAGUCUACGGUUCUUCGGGAUUUCGUGGUAAAGGAUUCAUGUUUGACGAAGUGGAGGCUCAACUGAAUAGUGAAAAGCGUCGCCUACAAAAAGCUGCACUCGGUUUACAAGAUUCAGAUGAUGAAGACGGUGAUGGUAAUGUUGACUGGGAUUCGAAAAUUGAAGAUAUGUUGGCUACAAAAACAAAAAUCAAAGAUGUAACAAAAAGUAGCACAACAGAAAAUAUUUCUGGUAGUACAGAAGUUAGUGCUCAAGCUGGUCAGGCUGUCGUGAACGCAGCUUUAGCACUUGCCCGUCAAAAAGCUGCACAGCUAGGACUUGUUAAAAAUUUGACUGUUGGUGCUCCAACCACUCUUCAGGCAACGACAACAACAACUCCGAGUGCCAGCGACCCCACCGCUGUCAAUACAGCCGCAAUUGCAGCCGCUGCAUCUAUACCGAUACCUCCUGCUCUAACAAGUCGUACAUUGGCUGAACAAGCUGCUGAACGUCUAAAUGCUAAACUAGGUUACAACAAACAAGGGCAAGCCUCAGGUGACGAGGAAAACACUGCAAGUAGCGCUGCUGCCGGUAGUGACAUAAUUAGACGGUACGAGGAAGAGCUGGUCAUUAAUGAUUUCCCUCAAAAUGUCAGAUGGCGCAUAACAGGCCGUGAAAUGCUAACUCACCUAAGCGACUACUGUGAUGUCGGUGUUUCUGUACGAGGAGUAUAUAUGUCACCUGCCAAGGCUAAGCAGCAUAUACCAGAGGGUUCUGACGACAGACCGCUUUAUUUGUGUAUUGAGGCUGUAAACGAAAGGCAGGUCGCCCUAGCUAAGAAGGAGAUUAUGCGCAUUAUCAAAGAAGAAUUAGUAAAAUUGCAGUCAGUAAAUUCAAUUAAUCGUGGACGCUACAAAGUUGUUUAA